CCCUCCGGUGGCUCUUUGCAUCGAGCUGCUCAUCACGAACCGCCCAACGGUCUACCUGGGCUCGCGUAAGACCGUCUCCAUGCACCGCGGCAGAGAGGAGAGAACUGUAAUCGUGCACUUUUGUAAACCGAAAAACUAACGCAACCAUGCUAGUCACCGAAUAACGAAGAAAAGAGAGGGAGCGAGGGAGAUAGAGAGAGAGAGAGAGAGAAAGAGGGAAAGAAAGACUGCGUGGUGCUUUCAGGAGGCGUUUGCGUGUCCACCUCUUUACCCACACAAUCACACGCGCGGACACAUAGACUCACACAAACAUUUGCACUCGCACACACCUACACGGCGCAUUCAUCCCACUCGUAAAUUCAAAGACGGCGUAGAAAUCAUCUCCCGUGGCUGAUGCUGGCCACCCAUCGCAGAGAUGGCUUUAUGGAUGCUCCUCUACCUCCUCACCAUCGUCAAAAACAGCCUUGGGGCAGACACAGAGGAACGAUUGGUGGAGCACCUCCUGAACCCCGCCCACUACAACAAACUGAUCCGUCCGGCCACCAAUGGCUCUGAGCUGGUGACGGUGCAGUUCAUGUUGUCAUUGGCCCAGCUGAUCAGCGUGCACGAGAGGGAGCAGAUUAUGACCACCAACGUCUGGCUGACUCAGGAGUGGCAGGACUACCGGUUGACAUGGGUACCGGAGGAGUUUGACGGGAUGCUGAAGGUCAGGCUGCCCUCCAAACACAUCUGGCUGCCUGACAUCGUGCUCUACAACAAUGCUGAUGGCAUGUAUGAAGUAUCCUUCUACUCCAACGCGGUGGUGUCGCAUGACGGCAGCGUCUUCUGGCUUCCCCCGGCCAUCUACAAGAGCGCCUGCAAGAUCGAGGUCAAACACUUCCCCUUCGACCAGCAGAACUGCACGCUCACCUUCCGUUCGUGGACGUACGACCGCUCGGAGGUGGACCUGGUGCUGCGCACCGACGUGGCCAGCAUGGACGACUUCACGCCCAGCGGCGAGUGGGACAUCAUCGCGCUGCCCGGCCGUCGCAACGAGAACCGCCAUCACCCCAACUACGUGGACAUCACGUACGACUUCAUCAUCCGCCGCAAGCCGCUCUUCUACACCAUCAACCUCAUCAUCCCCUGCAUACUCAUCACCUCGCUGGCCAUCCUGGUCUUCUACCUGCCGUCCGAUUGUGGCGAGAAGAUGACGCUCUGCAUCUCCGUGCUGCUGGCGCUCACCGUGUUCCUCCUCCUGAUCUCCAAGAUCGUGCCACCCACCUCGCUGGACGUGCCGCUGGUGGGCAAGUACCUGAUGUUCACCAUGGUGCUGGUGACGUUCUCCAUCGUGACCAGCGUGUGCGUGCUCAACGUGCACCACCGCUCGCCCACCACGCACACCAUGCCGCCGUGGGUCAAGCUGGUGUUCCUCAACAAGCUGCCCACGCUGCUCUUCAUGCAGCAGCCGCACAACAGCAGCGAGCGCCAGAAGCUGCGACACCGGCGCCACGCCAACGAGCGACGCCAGGCCGCCGCGACCGCAGGGGGACGGGGUCUGGGGAUCUUGGCGGGGCUGGGCCUCGGGAUAGACGGGAACGGAGAAGGAGGAGGAGGAGGAGCUGUUACCAUGGCGACGGGUGGGUCGACAACGACGACAACAGGAGGAGGAGUAGGGUUCGGGAAGGAGAAUAGCAGCGAGGCAUGCACGUGCUACGUCAACCACGCCUCCGUCAAGCAGUUUGGGGGGGAGAUAGGAGGAGGGUCUGGGGAGUCACCCGACGGGGUGAACGGACUGAGGGAAGGAGCCGGCAGUCGGGAGGGAGGAGUAGGAGGAGGAGGAGGAAGUGCCGGUGGAAGUGGAGGAGGUGCGGCACCCCUGCAGACCUCCGUGCUGACGCGGGCCAAGCCGCCGCCGCCGCCCCCGCCCGCGGCUCUCACUCAGGCGCUGCUGGGACAGGCGUGCCCGGGGCUGGACGAGGCGGUGGACGGCGUGCGCUUCAUCGCAAACCACAUGAGGAGCGAGGACGAUGACCGCAGCGUGAGUGAGGACUGGAAGUAUGUUGCCAUGGUGAUCGACCGCCUCUUCCUGUGGAUCUUCAUUUUUGUGUGCGUUUCCGGCACGGUGGGGAUGUUCCUGCAGCCGCUCUACCAGAACACCACAGUCAAAAUCCUCACCCACACACCCGGCUGACCAAUCACGCGCCCCGCCACGCUGAUGGACACCGCCUGCCACCAAUGGCGUGAAGGGAAGGACAAAGGGGCGGAGGGAGGGGCCAAGCGUGGGGGUGUGGGGGAGUUCAGACUUUUUGAUCUUUUAUAAAACCAAUAGGCCUGACUGUCAG